AUGUCUGCUUUGAAUGAUUCUUCAUCUAACAUCACUCAGACUGUACUGCCGGCGCAUCAAGAUUUGAAAACAUUUUUGACGGUGUCCACAUGUGUAAUUUUCCUCUAUGUCAACGGGGUCAUGAUCUUCACCUUGAGGAAAAAGACUGUUUUUCAGGAGGCGUCCCGCUAUAUUUUGUUUGGACACAUGCUUUGGCUUGAUACGCUUAAUCUUGUAAUGAGUGUAGUUUUGUUUGUGUGCGCUCUUUGUAGGCUUUUGGUUUUGAAAAUUGUCUGCCUUGUGCUUCUAGUAGCUGCAACAGCUCUCUAUCAGGCCUCUACCUUGAAUCUGGCUUUAAUGUCACUGGAGAGGUAUGUGGCCAUCUGUUUCCCUCUCAGACAUGCACAAAUCACCACUUAUGGAAGAACUCAAGUGGCCAUCAGUGUGGUUUGGAUGUUAAGCUGGAUUAAAUCCCUGUCUGAGGUUAUUGUCUUUUUUUCUUUUGAUACCACAAACAUAGCAAUGAAUUCAUUUUGCUCAAGAACUACUUUUUUCAGGUUGCAGAUCUAUAGGAAAAUUGAUACAGCUUUCACAACUAUAUUUUUUGUGUCUGUGUGUUUUGUUGUUAUCUUUACUUACGCCUCUAUAGCAUCUGUGGCUAAAUCAGCCUCCUGUCAUAAAACAUCAGCCAAAAAAGCCAAUAGCACUGUUCUGCUGCAUCUAAUACAGCUGAGUUUCUGUGCUGUAUCCAUUUUAGUUGAAGUCGUCCAGGAAGUAGUUUAUGUUUACGCUGACUAUAUGACUUCAUUAAAUGUGAUGUAUUUUUGCUUUGUGGUGUUUCUGAUUUUUCCAAGAUGUUUAAGUCCUCUUAUAUAUGGUCUGAGAGACCAGGCCUUCAGUUGUUUAUUUAAAUACUACUUCACAUUUGGUUUCAAAAAAACAAACAGUUGUAAUACAGAGAUACAUGUAGUAUCAGGUGGUUGA